AGACACAGUGCUUUAUGGAUUGGGACAUAUAUUUGCAGGAAGCAUUUAUUCCUUGUGCCAGGGAGAUCCCUCCUUUGGAGCCCUUUUGUGAUGGAGAUGGCUUUGACCUAUAUAUCGAUGGAGCCCGCUUCCUGCCGGAUGCUGUCACUGUUACCAGGGUCGCCGGACGUGUCUUCACCAGUAGUUUCCAACAAAUUGGACCAGACAUAUCCUCUGAGAUCGACUUGAACAGCAGCAUUUUUGAUCCACUUUACAACUGCUCCAUUGAAAUCCGAGUGCCAUUUAUACCACCUUGUGCAACUCUCCUAUUGAAGCUUUAUUCUCUUAGUAGUUUAAACUCCAGUCUCAUCCUGAUUGGCUGGGCAGCUCUCAAUCUUUUUGUGGAAUCUGGAACACACACACACCCCAAGCCUGGGGCCAGAAGGAUCCAGGUCUCUCUCAAUGAUGGUGCUCAUCAGCUCCGCAUUUUCCAUAACAGCCCGUGUCCAGAUCAGCCCUUCUCUGUCAGUUCUCUGACUACAGCAGGACGGUAUGUGCCUUGUGCAACCCUACUGGUGAGGCUUCUCAAGGCUCCUGUGAAUUCCUGCUGCCAGACCUUGCAAAGGAACACGGUCCCCCACACAAACUGGGCCAAGCUGGGUCUCUUCCAGGCCCGGCCUGAUUACUCUGAUGGGGUCUAUUAUUCGGAUUCAGCCAAACCCUCUGCAGGAGAAAGUUGCUUCUAUGAGGCCAUGGCAAACAGGUCUGUUGUCUCUGUUCGGGAAAUUGUUCAUCAGCUUGCUGGAAAUAACAGCCUGAGCACAGAUAAGAAGAUCUCCAGCUGGAUCCACCAGAAACUAACCUGGCUACCUGGCAGCAUCCCCCAGACUUUCAACCUCACCUAUGUCUCCCAAUAUAUCACAACCUAUGGUGUCAAGUUUGCCCUGGAUAGAGCCAUUAACUUGCCCUGGGUUGGCUUGACAAAGGCCCACUUCUGCUUCAACCCACCUGCAGCUUUUUAUUAUGGGAGCCAGUGGAUGAAGUAUGAUUACCCCAUCUUUGUCAAGACACUUGAUGUCAACAGUUUCCAGCAAUGGCCCACAUGGCUUGAUGGCUUCAAGUCCUGUCUGCAUAGGGCUUACCAUGAAUAUUCAUCAGUGAUUAUCCACCUGUAUGAGAGCAAGGUGACUUCAGACCAAGAUGCUUUGGGCCAAAAGGAGGAUAUCCAAACCACUCACAGAAGAGUCAUCCUGAAGAAGGAGCGGUUAUAUUAUACUCUGAGAAGUGAGGCAUGGACUGCACUCCAUGUGUUCUCUAGAGAUUACUGCAACACUGGAGUUUACCAGCUGCCUCUGUACCAGGGGGCUCCCAGCCAGGUCAUCCUGCAUUCCUUAUCCCAAGGGAAAUGCAGCAGCAUUAUGAACAGCUUGCUCCAUAAGAACAUGAUCAAAUUGGUGGAAGGUGCAUCUGUACUUGUCCGUAUAGCUGAUGGACGGUGGGAUGAAGAAUUCAGAUAUACAAUACAGGACAUUGAUCAGUCCUACAUGCCCAAGAAUGCUCUGAAUAUAUCCUGUAAGGAACCCUCUGGAGCCAAAAUUGCAGAAUUAAUGCCACGAGAGACAUCACAACAGAAAGGACAGCUUAUAUUGGAACAAAUCUAGCACAGUAAAAAGCUGUAACACUUCCAUUAAACAUGAAGAGAUUACUG